UGUGUGUGUGUGUGUAUGUGGUGCAUAUCUCUGUUUAUGUGUGUGUGAUGCAUGUGUCCUGCAGUGAGUUCAUUGGCCCACAGUGAGGAACAGGGGGAGGGGUUUCAGGAAGGGGCGAGGCUGACGAAGGCAGAACUCCUGGACAUCACUUUUGAGGCGUGUGACGUCAUGGCAACAGGUCAGGUGCGUGGCUCAGAUGUACUGCGGUACCUGCGUUCUGUGAUUGGUCAGAGCAGCGGUCAUGAAGAGCUGGUGUUGCUGCAAAGCAUGCUGGACCCUCAGGGGGCGGACCCAGCACUGAACCGGCUCAGAUUCCACUCCGUCAUGAACGCCUGGAUACAGCACUGCAACCAGCAGAGAGACUCCAGUCAGAAUCCAGCUGAGCCUGUGAGAGAUACAGCCCAGGGUGCUGAAUUUUCUCCUUCAGAUCCUGAGACAGAUGACAGUCGUAGUGAGCUCCAGCUGCUGCAGUGUGAGUUGGCGGAGGUGAAACACGUCUGUCAGAAGCUCCGUGAUCAGAAUGCAGUGCUGAUGAGGGCUGUUGCCCAUGGCGAUGACCUCAACCUACAGCUCACCAUGGAGAUGACCGAGUUACGCACCAAACUGGCCAGUGCCCAGCUGGCGGCAGUGAGAGCACAGUCCCUGGCUGAGGAGCUGGAUGAGGUGCGUCAGGCUCUGAGGGAGAGUCAGGACCAGGAGAGAGUCAGCCAUGCCGCCAUCAGCUCUCUGGUACCCAGCACCUUUGCUGCUAAUUUAAACUAG